AUGGCUACAACUGCAGCAUCUCCUCAACCUUCAAACCCUGCGCGACGCCCUACACCGCUUCCUAAUGCCUCUACCGCUACCGCUACCGGUACUGGCACUGGCACUGACACCGUUGUUGGCACUGAUACCGAUAGUAGCACUCGCAACGGUUCUGCAGCACAAACCCCUACACUGGGUGUUGUGAGUGAAGGAGGUGCGGCGAACAGAUUCGGUGUCUUGCAACAUACUGGCCCCCCAGUACAGGAUGAUAUCCCAGGCCUUUAUAGAGAUGGACGUGUACGUAACCCUGUGCCUAGUAAGCUAAAGGGCAAGACCGAUGCGACGAAAGGGAACUUUGGAGUCAUGCACAUAGACCUCACUACUACCAACGAAAGUCGGGAGCGUGAUGCAGCAGCCAAACGCACGAGUGAGGGAACGCAGCUUGCGGCCAGACUGGCCCAGACAGACCGUUACAUUCCCAUCAGACGGAGCAAAUUUAUCUAUCGACCAGAAGUACAUGCCUCGAAUAGUCCACCGCAGCUCAACGCACCGCAUCCCAGUGCCCCGCAGCCAAACACACCGCAGCCAAACACACCACAACUCAAUAAAGCGCAGCAAAACGCACCGCAACUUGAUAAACCACAACUGAAUAAACCGUGGCCUCACCAACCGCAGCUGAAUACACCGCAGCUCAAUGCUCCGCAGCCAACACCACAACUCAAUAAACCGUGGUUCCCUAAAACACCGCUCACUACACCGCAACUGAAUGCACCCCAGCUCAAUCGACCCCAGCUAAAUACACCAUAUAUUCGGGAGACCGUUGGAGAAACGGCGCAGGGGCGGAGGAAGACCUCAACACUUACGACCGCGGAGACAAUAGCCGAACAAGCUCGACUCUUGACUCUGUUGCGAAGCCUGGACCCUGAUCUGGUCGUUGAUCAGCUUUGCAAGGGACUAAAGUUCUUUGGAGGGAUUGCCGAUGCGCACACAUCACACGGCGGAUCAUUUCCCGUUAGCGCCGAGGCGAAUGGGUCUGGAUCUCUCUUUGUUGGCUGGCUGGCAGAGAUCUUUCCAGCUCUAGACCAGGGAACAAUGCCGAGCGCACACCAAACGAACCUGAGACGACCACGUGGUCGUCCAAAAGGAAGCAGGAAUGCGAAGGGGAAACAAGCUGGCCAGAGGGCCCAGCGACUGGCUUCAGGAGCUCGUGCAGCAGGAGCAACAACGGACAACAGUGCAGGUGAUGACGCGGCGAGAAGAGCUGCGGUGGAUAGUAGCUGGGUUGACAUGGAUGACACAAUUGCAGAUACUGACGCAGAGAGUUUGCAAGUGGACGCCGAGCGGGUGGUUGAAACUCCAGCUUUCAGUCGGGUAGUCUCUGGUCCAAGUGCUUCCGGUGGAAUGCCGGAAUCUGGCUUCGCCCAGACCUCGACAAUCACGCCGGCCCCUAAGCGGAGAGGGAGACCUAAAGGCUCGAAAAACCGACCGAAAGAUACGGUGCCCUUGGCCAACGAUGCCCAUGAGGAUACGAAUGGUGUAUCUCAGAGCCCAGUAAUUAUUCAGCCAACAGCAGUUAAUCCUCCCGAAUCCUCAAGCACGGCUGGUGGUUUUGACGAGCUCGGAUCGCCGCUCGUCAAAAAGCGGAAAGGAGGUCCUGGCCGUCCUAAGGGAUCCAAGAAUCGACCGAAAGAAUCAGCAAAUGUGCCUGGCUCUCAAUCUCAACAAAAACUGACCACAUCUGCUGCAGACGACCAACGAAGCGAGCCACAAUCUGCCGCAGCGAGUGAUUUGGCUCUGCCGGCGCCUGCUGCCAUUUCCACAUCCUCUACCCGAGAACAACAAUACGAGCAGCGACCGGCCAAUCAGGUAAAUGUGGCUUCUCAGUUGGGACCGGAGACUGUCAGCGAAUCCGCUGCCAUGAAGCAACAAGUCAGUAAAGCCUCCAGAGUCGCCAAGCGUAAACGGAAGGCUUCUCAAGAAGGCAGAGACAGUAUUGCCGGCAAUGAGUCGAUGACAGCUGCCUCGGCUUCAGAUCGAAACAAUGGUGGUGGAUUUACUGCAAUCACCAGUGAGAGCCCUUCGUCACCGCAGAUGGCCCGGUCUCAAGGAUCACAAGUGCAGGAUCACAUUCAUGGCCAUCAGCCAGUGACCAAGAGGCAGAAAUUACCGAACCAUCAGCGCCAAGAUGCUGCCUCAAACAGCCGAAUGACGCAAGCUAGCCAGAACAGUCAGACUGGACAACGAGGGCAGCACGUGCCACAAUCGUUAGAGCCAACGCGGACAGACCUUCACAACAGCAGCCUCAUAGAUGCCAAUAAUACUAAUCUUCAGAGGUCGAGCGCCCAGAUGAGCGGCUCUGCAAAACGAUCAUCGCUCCAGCAAGCCCUUGACGCCCAGCAACCUCAGUCUGAUCUACGACUUCGAUACAGCCAAAGCCUCACAGCUUCAUCCGCUGGCCGAGGAGUUGAAAGGACUGAGGUAGCGGAAUCCUACUCCUCGAAUAUGCCAUCAAGGCAAGGCAUGUACAAUCAAGGUGGAUCGGCUCAGGGGCAACAGCAACAGCAUCUCUUUCAUCAGCAAGAGCAACAUCAGCCAACUCCACAGAACCGAUCUAAUAGCAGUCAGCACCGCCUAAGCAGCUCGGGUACCGGUCAAAUUCCGUCAAUACUAGGGCAGAAUGGGGACAGUUAUACAGAGUCUACAAGUGACGGAGACUAUCAUGGGCUAGUGGGCCUUCAGCAACCUUCGUAUGGCACCCACAUGACCGGAUCCUCGAGCACGCGCGGAGACAGCUCCCGGACUUCGACUUCACGGCCGAUACAACAGCAGUCAUCUACAUUCCAUGCACGGCAGGAACACCCAGUACAGAAUACGGGCAUGUCGUCUUUCCAGGACUAUUCCGAUUCAGCCUUUCUGGCAAGCCUGACAACGGCUAAUCAAGCAAGCUUGGCAAUGAACCCCACACAAUACAAUGUCAAUGGUGCAGAGAUGCAGCGUGCAUCGCCGACCAUGAACUCAACGUAUGGCUCGUCACACUUGGGCCAGUCGUCUUUUGAUGGCGGCAUGACAGAAUCUGCAAUGAGAGACCGCAUGUAUCAUACUUCGAGACGUCAGUAG